AUGUCAAAAGCGGGCGAUAAGUAUGACUUUCCUCCGCAUCACGAGAAGAGACUCCAAGAGAAAGGCUAUACGAUAUCAACGCUAUUGAAUUCGGGGAAAUACGGACUCGUGUGCAACGGCUCGGCGACUGUCAACGGGUCCACAAUCAACACAGCCGUCAAAAUCAUUGAUUUGACCAAAACUUCUGCCGACUAUCGCAACAAAUUCCUGCCCAAAGAGUUGUAUUCAUUGGACACUUUGAAACACGAGUUUAUAAUUAAAAUCUAUGACAUUAUUCUCAUCACUAAUACUGUGUACGUGUUUAUGGAGAGGGCGGACGGCGGAGACCUGUUUGAUAUGUUGAAGGAUAGCGCCUAUAAGUCGGGUAUACCGGAGCCAAAAGCGAAAAUACUGUACAAAGGCAUCGCCAGUGCUCUGCAGUACAUCCACGGCAGGGGUUGGGCUCAUCGGGACCUCAAAUCGGAGAACGUAUUGUUAAAUGCGGACAAAACGAUCGCUAAGUUAACGGACUUUGGUUUCUCGACCUCUUGUUUCAAUACACAGACCGGAGAAAAGGUGUUGAAAGACACGUACUGUGGAAGUCCUUUCUAUGCGGCGCCGGAAGUGCUUCGCGCCCAACCCUACGAUGCCUUUAAGACCGACGUCUGGUCGAUGGGUGUCGUCCUCUAUAUAAUGGUCAACAAUAAGAUGCCGUUUAGUAACGCUUUGCUGCAAAAACUGGCAAAACUCGACCCAAACAGUAAGACUCCGAUUCAAAUCACUAAAAACUCGAUUAGCAAUGAUUGCAAGGAUUUAAUGCUAUGUAAGACUCCGAUACAAAUCACUAAAAACUCGAUUAGCAAUGAUUGCAAGGAUUUAAUGCAAAAACAAUUGGAUAUCAAUACCCGAACCCGAAUAGAUAUGGCACACGUCUUAAGUCAUCAGUGGUUUAAAUAG